AUGGGGCAAGGUUCGAGCAGCCCGCUGGCAGAUUGCCUGAAUACUGUCUGCAAUGGUCGAAGCGAUUGCGUCGCGUACCCAGACACAAUUUUAUACCAGGCUCUCUGGGUCAAACCAUACAACUUGGAUUUGCCAGUCACUCCCAUCGCCGUGGCAAGACCCGAGUCUGCCGACGACGUCUCAGCAUUUAUCAAGUGCGCUGUGGCCAGUGAUAUCAAGGUACAGGCCAAGUCGGGGGGUCACUCAUACGCAAACUUUGGGCUCGGCGGAGUUGAUGGCCAGUUGGUCCUGGAUCUUCAAAAACUGACCCAAUUCUCAAUGGACACAAACACCUGGCAGGCAACAAUCGGGGCAGGACAUCGUCUAUCUGAUGUCACACAAGAGUUACAUGAUAAUGGCAACCGAGCCAUGGCACACGGAACCUGUCCUGGAGUUGGAAUUGGCGGCCAUGCCACGAUUGGUGGGCUUGGCCCGUCAUCACGCAUGUGGGGAUCAUGUCUAGAUCACGUUGUCGAGGUUGAAGUAGUGACAGCAGAUGGUACCAUCAACCGUGCCAGUGAGACUGAGAAUUCCGACCUAUUCUUUGCUCUUAAAGGUGCUGGUGCGGGUUUUGGAGUGAUUACCGAGUUCGUCGUCAAAACACACCCUGAGCCCGGCAGCGUCGUUCAAUAUUCAUUCACGGCAACUUUUGCAAAGCACGCUGAUAUGAUCGACAUUUUUGAACAGUGGCAGACUCUCAUCUCAGAUCCCAAGCUCGAUCGAAGGUUCGGAUCCGAGAUUGUCAUGCACGAGCUGGGUUUGGUCAUUACGGCAACAUUCUAUGGGACACAAGAAGAAUUUGAUGCAACGGGCAUUCCUGACAAGAUACCUGCUGGAAAGGUAUCAGUCGUACUCGACGAUUGGCUCGGUGUCGUUGCACAACAGGCGGAGGAUGCAGCACUAUAUCUCUCUGAUAUUCAGAGUGCAUUCACUUCAAGAAGUCUAGCGUUCCGCCAAGACGAAUUGCUCACCACGGACGAGAUCAAGAGCAUGAUGACUUACCUCGACGAGACAGAUCGCGGUACCCUUCUCUGGUUCCUCAUCUUUGACGUUUCAGGAGGUGCCAUCAACGACAUACCUAUGAAUGCUACCGCCUAUUCACAUCGCGACAAGAUCAUGUUCUGUCAAGGUUAUGGAAUCGGCAUCCCGACAUUAUCUCAGACGACCAAGGAUUUUAUGAAUGGCCUCAUUAACAAUAUCCAGAGUGCUGCGGGUCAGACUCUGACAACAUACCCAGGAUAUGUUGAUCCCUUGUUGACCAAUGCUCAAGAGUCAUACUGGGGCCCAAAUCUUGAUAGAUUAGGGCAAAUCAAGUCAGACUGGGAUGGAAAUGAUGUGUUCCACAACCCACAGAGUGUCCGCCCAUCCACUCUAGAUGGUACACAGCAAUCAAAAGCAAAGAAUAGGCGAAGGAAGUUCUAG